CAUUCUUCUCCCGCUGAGGCAAAGCCAGUCGACGAAGUCAGCGGCAUCACUUACCAUCUUCUCUGCGCCAUGUCUCUCCUCCGCCUUCUCUUCGGGCUCUGCGCCCUUCUCGCGUUUGUCCCGUUUGCACUCGCCCAAGCCCCGGUCGUCGAUGGAGAAGACCAGGAAUUCCUGGCACCAGUUGCUCCAGCAGAAACCUUGCCCUCUCCAAGCCCUAAUCGCAGUGCCGCACCAUCUGUCCAACCGGAACGUAGACCCUUCCCCGGUGUUGAGUCGCCCCCUCCCAUAGAGCUCGGACCCACUCCCGUUCCACCGCCUCUCACUUGCAGGCGCCAGCGCAUUCGGUCCCUAUCUGGGCAAUGUACAUCGGCCUUCGAGAGUACCUGGGCUGAGGCCCAAAGAACUCAGCUAAGCUACCUCAGGGACCACACAUCCCAUGUUCCCACUGGAACUGGACUGAAGAGUGCCAGGGAAAUCUCCAACAUAAUCAGUGAUCAGCGCACAGAUAUUUUCAACAGUAAGAGCAUAAGCGAGCUCUUCGUCUUCUUCGGCCAGUUUAUCGAUCACAAUUUAGUGGCAACUCCCACCUCGGACAUUGAGAAGUUUGACAUUGUCGUUCCUGCAGGAGACCCGAGGUUUACGGGCAGUAGCAUGUCUUUCAAGCGCUCCCUAAGGGGUUUCACAGGCGAGGGAACAAACGAAAGGCCGAUCAACACACUUUCUUCAGCAUUGGACCUUUCUGCAGUGUACGGUGUCAACGAUCCUCGAAAUAGUUUUCUGUUGCAACGGGAUUCGAGAGGAGAGCUUACUGGAAAGAUGAAGGUUAGCCUUGGGGAUUUGCUUCCCUUCAAUUCGGAUGGUUUCAACAAUGCACCAAACUCAGCUUCGGCGCGCUUCUACCUUGCGGGCGACCACCGUGCCAAUGAGCAUCCUAUGUUGACCGCAAUCCACACACUUUUCGUUCGGGAACACAACCGCCUUGUGGAUGAGAUCAGGGUAAACUUCCCAGAAGACAGAGUUCGUCGCUUGUCAACGUCCACGAUCUUUGAAUGGGCCCGUCAGAUUAAUAUUGCCCAGUUUCAGAAAAUUGUGUAUGAAGAAUUCUUACCCGCUAUCUUCGGUCGGAGGUUUCGUCGUUACAGGGGUUAUCGCCAGGCUGUGAAUCCCACAGUAAGUGACAUAUUUGCUGGUGCAGCCUUUCGCGUUGGCCAUACCAUGGUGGGUAACGUGGUGACACGAAGGGGACGAUUUGGCCCGUUGCCUCCCCUGACCUUGAAGUCUGUGUUUUUCAAAGAAUUCGGUCUCCAAGAGACAGAAGAAGUGGACAAUCUCUUUAGAGGAGCUAUUGGAACCAAGGCCCAGGAAGUAGACCUCGAGGUCCAUGAUAUUCUUCGAAACAUGCUUUUCGAGUUCGUCUCAGGUGAGGAGGGAUUCGAUCUCAUCGCGUUGAAUAUUCAAAGAGGACGCGAUCAUGCUUUGCCAACAUACAAUCAAAUCAGAGAGAUUUUCGGGUUGCCGAGGGCGACCUCAUUCAUUGGGAUUACGGGCGACCUACCAUCAGCAAAUAAGUUGAGUAAUGCGUACGAAGGUGAUGUCGACAAAAUUGAAGCAUGGCCGGGACUCGUGGCAGAAAGAAAAUCUGGCAGGGCUGGACUAGGUGAGACUAUGCGUCGUGUGUGGGAAAUUGAAUUUCUUCGGCUGAGGGAUGGUGACCAAUUCUUCUAUCUAAGGAGAAGAAAGAGUAUUGCUCGGGUAUUGCAAAUGUUCAUGCCGAACGUAAUCAGACCGAUUUUCUCCAAACGAACGAAGAUUUUCCGCGAUAUCAUCUUGCGAAACACAGACAUAAGGGCCUCCGAAAUCCCGUUGAAUAUCUUCAAGGCGUAGGUGUGUAUUUGUGCACUGUAGUAUUAGAAUUAUAGAAUUUUAAUUCAAGCACAGUGGACAAUGAACAUAUCUGCUAAAUACAGACAAAAAUUGGGUGUA